AUGAGAACGAUGGUGCUGUGGGGCCUGCUGGUCCUGUUGUUUCAGCAAACGCUGGUCAGCAGCCACGUACUGGGAAGGCCCUCCUCCACCAGUGACCUGACCCAGCUCAAGUCUUUGCUGGAGCGCUUCGAGGAGACUCUGGCUGAUGCAGCCCAGGAGGAGAUCGACCCUGAAGCCGAUUACGAGGAGAUAAACCAAAGACCCGAGCCCGGCCAAGGAUGGAGCCUGGACCGUGAGGAGAACCGAGAACCGGUGAUAUCGGAAAGAACUCAGAAAGCCGCCGAGGGCCGCAGUCAGAGAAACCGCCUGCAGGACUUGCUGCUGACCGCCAGGAAACGGGCCUCCGGCUGCUUUGGAGCCCGGAUGGAUCGAAUAGGAAACUCCAGCGGUCUGGGAUGCAACAGUGGGAGAGGUUAG